AUGUCCUACUCAGUCCUUAUUAUCCUUAUUAAAGGAUUUGUGGCUUUUGCCUCUGGAGGUUCUUACUUUUCUGCCUUGCCAACGUUGCAGCUGCUCCCAGAGACUAACCAUAAGGUGACAAAGGCGAACGUGAUGAAUCAGUCUUGGUCCAGACCAGCAGCAGUAAGGAGCAAUGGGAGUUACCUUGCCAAGGAUCAGAACCCUCGUGCACCUGACCUUGCCGAGAAGCUGUCUCAGCUGUCAAUGGGCCCCAACAGGGUUUCGGGUUUGGGUUCCGAGAGGUUCCCUACAGAUCUGAAGUAUCGAACCCAUGGGAACACUGUCAAGCGCCCCUUGCCCGUGGGAUCCAGGGCGUGGCAUGGCCCAGCCGACCCCUUCCGGCGCCCAUACGAGAUGCCAGGUGAUAGGGCUCUCCUUCCGAGGAAGCUCGUAAGCUGA